AUGACAGACCCUUUAAGUGUUGCGGCUAGCAUUACUGCUCUUCUUAGCUUAACUACUUCAUUAGUGAAAUAUAUCAAUGAUACAGUAAAUGCAUCGGACGAUAAAAAAAAGCUAUCAGCCGAGAUACGCGAUACCACCGUUGUCCUUGCAACGCUGCAAGAGCUAGUUCAACCUCAUGCCCAAGAAGAUCUGCUUCCCCCGACUGGAAGCCUUGAGGCUCUCGCCAGAAUUAUGGCUGGCCUUGAAAAGGUGCUAGUGCCUCUAAGGGCAAGGUUGAACAGCGAUAGGAGAUCGAAAGUAAAAGGAGCCUUAGCUUGGCCCUUUCACGAAAAGGAAGUGCGCGAGACCCUUGCGGCAGUUGAGCGAUAUAAGAUGUCGCUUAGCCUUAUCUUACAAGAUAUUCAAUUGAGGACAUCUAGAGCAAUCACGGAGAGAAUCAAGAGUUUGCAGAUCGGUAUUGAUCAUUUAGGUAUCGCAAAAACCGAACUACAAUUCAAUGAAGCCUUGCAGUUGCUUUCCGCACCUGACCCGUCGACUAAUCAUAGAACGGCAUGUGAACUAUAUGAGCCGACUACCUGCUCGUGGCUCGUGGACUCAGAACGCUUCAACCGCUGGCUCAACUCGCCUUCUACUCUCUUACUUUCUGGAAUCCCCGGGUGCGGUAAAACUAUCCUCUGUUCUGCAGCAAUCGAACGCGUAAAAUCUCACGUGGUCGGAAAACCGGGCGUUGGACUUGUGUACUUUUAUUUUGAUUUUCACGAGGAGCAAAAACAAAGCGUGGAAGGACUUCUGCUUUCGGUCAUCGUUCAGUUGGCGUAUCAACAAGAGAAGCUCCCUAUUCAGUUCAGGUCGCUUUGUGACGAUUUCAAAGAGUACUGGGGCAGGUUGCGUGGAGAGAAAUUGUUGAAAGUUCUUCAUGCAGCUACUGAACAAUUUCGCCGAGUGUAUCUAAUCAUAGAUGCAUUAGACGAAUGUGGCGAACGGCAAGGGGUCAUAAGCUUGAUUUCUAAUCUUUUCCGCUCUCACGCAGGAUAUAGUAUACUGGCCACAAGUCGUGACACUACGGAGAUCAGUCGUUCCGCUUUAGGACAGGUUUCAAAGAAUGUGAUCUACAUGUCUCUCGAUGAUGUGAAUAUGGACAUUCGGACCUAUGUGGUCAACUCUCUAUCGAGGGAUACCAUGUUGCGAGAGCGGCCUAAUCAUGUCAAAGCAGAAAUAGAGGCCGCAUUGACUUCAGGUUCUCAUGGAAUGUUUCGUUGGGUGGAAUGCCAACUGCAGCAUCUGAGAUCCUGUCUCACCCUCAGAAGUGUUAGAGAAACUUUGCGAUCGAUGCCAAAAACGUUGGCGAAGACUUACGAUAUGAUACUGGCGAGUAUAGAUACGCAAUACCAGAAACAAGCAUACGAGGUGCUUCAGUGGUUGGCCUUUAGUGUGCGACAUCUCCAAUUAGCUGAAAUUGCAGAGACACUGAUUAUCAAGCCUGGUGUCCUAGCUCUGUCUGAGGAAGACAGGCUAUUUUCUGAAUUGGAUAUUCUCACUAUAUGCUCGAGUCUUAUUCGGAUAUCUAACGGUGAAGUGCGGCUUGCACACUACUCUGUUAAAGAGUAUUUGAUGUCUAGUCGGCUCAAAUCAACGGCUUUGUCCUCCUUCCAUAUUGGGGAGCUACCGGCAAAUCAAUACCUGGCUCAUGCAUGCAUCACUUAUCUACUCCUGUUAAAUCAGCCUGAAUUUCUUUCGCUCGAAUCAUUUACAAAGCUCCCCCUUCUCGUCUACGCUGCGACACAUUGGCAAGACCACGCAAAAGAUGCUUUCCAGGCAGGCUACCGGGAAGAGUCAGCGAAAAAUUUGCUUUAUGACAUCUUGCAGCUUAUGGAUCAGAGUCAAGGUUCGUCUUAUCUUAACUGGCUCCGCGUCUCCGAUCCGGACAACUGGAAUCGGCGCGAUCUAUCAAAAAGAGAGCAAGAUGUCCCCAACAGCCUCUAUUAUGCGUCUCUCCUUGGUCUAUACAUUGUCACAGAAGCACUCAUAAACCGAGGGAUUGAUGUCAAUGCACGAGGUGGACUCUUUGGCAACGCGCUCCAGGCAGCCGCGUUCAAAAAUCACCACCGAAUUGUCUAUUUACUCUUACAGAACGGCGCUGAGAUUAAGCUCAAUGAGGGCCUUCAUUAUUCGGCCCUGAAUGCAGCCGCCGUGAACGGUGGCGAAGCUAGCUUCCGUAUUCUGUUGGAUUUAGGCUUCGCAGGAAGAUGCAAUGACUCUAAGAUCGUUGGCAGCAGCCUGGUUGCGGCGGCCGCCUCGGGGAAAGUAGAAAUUGUCACGUUACUUUUGGACCAUGGCGCAGACGUCAAUUUCCGAGGGAAUGAUUCAGUGGCCCUCAACAGUAUCCUUGCUGGUAGUUCACUCGCUGCUGCCUCAUUUCAAGGCCACAAGGAUGUUGUACGGCUAUUGAUAGCUUGGGGGGCGGACGUCAAUGCGAAGGGGGGCCGCUACGGUAAUCCAUUGCAAACUGCAUCACGGGCAGGUUUCGAUUCCAUUGUGGAGCUUUUGAUAGAUCAUGGUGCUGAUGUUAACGCCCAAGGGGGCGUUUAUAAAACAGCGCUACAAGCUGCCUCGGCCGGGGGCCAUCAAAGCACAGUCAGACUGCUCCUGGAGAGAGGAGCGAAUGACACGCGCUAG